AUGGAAAAAGCCAAUCAGACCUCCCCUGUGAUGGGGUUCAUUCUCCUGGGGCUCUCUGACCACCCAAAGCUGGAGAAAAUCUUCUUUGUGUUCAUCUUGCUAAUGUACCUGGUGAUCCUGCUGGGCAACGGGGUCCUCAUCCUGGUGACCAUCCUUGACUCCCACCUGCACACACCCAUGUACUUCUUCCUGGGGAACCUCUCCUUCCUGGACAUCUGCUACACAACCUCCUCAGCCCCACUUAUUCUUGACAGCUUCCUUCACCCUGGAGAAACCAUCUCUUUCUCAGCUUGCUUUGGGCAAAUGUCUGUCUCAUUUGCAAUGGGAACCACAGAAUGUGUGCUCCUGAGCAUGAUGGCGUUUGAUCGCUACGUGGCCAUCUGUAAUCCUCUUAGGUAUCCCAUGAUCAUGAACAAGGCUGCCUAUUGGCCCAUGGCUGCCAGCUCCUGGGCAGCUGGUCUAAUCAACACUGUGGUGCAGACAUCUCUGGCAGUGCGAUUGCCCUUCUGUGGGGACAAUGUCAUCAACCACUUUGCCUGUGAGAUCCUGGCUAUCCUGAAGUUGGCCUGUGCUGACAUCUCUAUCAAUGUGCUCACCAUCAGGAUAGCAACUAUGAGCUUUCUGGGCAUCCCAGUUCUGUUCGUCACUUUCUCUUACGUCUUCAUCAUCGCCACCAUCCUGAGGAUCCCCUCAGCUGAGGGGAAGAAAAAGGCCUUCUCCACCUGCUCUGCCCACCUCACAGUCGUGGUCAUCUUCUAUGGGACUAUUGUCUUCAUGUAUGCCAAACCCAAGUCCAAGGACCCCCUGGGGGCAGACAAGCAGGACCUUUCAGACAAGCUCAUCUCCCUCUUCUAUGGGGUAGUGACCCCCAUGCUGAACCCCAUCAUCUACAGCCUGAGGAACAAGGAUGUGAAAGCUGCUAUCAGAAGUCUGGUGACUCAGAAACACUUCAGCCAGUAA